AUGUCUGGCAACCCGAACAAGCGCGUGGUGACGGCCGCCAACGGCCCUAAGCCGAACCCCAUGAUGUCCAACGUGAUUGUAUCGGGCGACAAGGUGUACCUCGCUGGUAUCCUCGGCACCGAUGAGAGCGGUGGGCUCGUCGCUGGCGGAGCCAAGGCAGAGACGGCCCAAGCCCUGCAAAACGUUUCCGCCCGCCUUGAGCUUGCGGGUCUGGACCUUUCUGAUGUCAUCAGCGUGACUAUCUACUUGACCGACUAUGCAGUCAACUUGCCCCUGUUGAACGAGGUUUACCUUCCCACUUUCUCUCAGCAUGGACCUGCGCCGGUGCGUGCAGCCGUUGGUGUCGCUGCUCUUCCCUUCAACGCCGCCGCCGAGUUCUCAGUCAUUGCGGCUACCCGUGCGUAA